GCGUUCGCCACGCGCGCGCGUUCUUAUUUUACCCGUUUGCCGCCGUCUUCAUGUACUUGCAACACACAUUAAAACACACACACAUGUACUUUAUGUGUGCAGAUGCAUUUGAAGAGUUCAUUUCGCGCGUACUUAGCGGCUAAUUAACAAAUUUAAUAUCAGUGAGAACGCAGCACAAUCAAUUCGUGAAACAAGCGAAAGAAAAAAAACAAAAAUUGAAUUAAUCACACAACAAUAACAAAAAAGAGAAAAAAGUUUCAAUAAUCAAAAGCAUCAAUUUUAUGGUGAUCAUUUUGUUUUCAUUGUGAAUGUGAAAGUGGUGAAAAAUCACGAUCAGAAGCGAGAAGCGAGGAGAAGCAGCUCAAAAGCAACAUCAUCAGCAGCAGUAGCCAACGAAAUAGAAGGAAAACAACAAAAUAAAAGCACAAAACACAAGUAGUCAACCUUAGCAUAGACAGCAACCGCACAACUGAAGUUCACAAAGCGAGGGCAACAACCCAAGCGAACGAAACGAAACGGUUAAGUUUGUAGCGUGUGCUACAACCGAAACGGUCUUUAGCCUUAGCUCAAACCGAAACGGUAUUUAGCGUAUGCGGAAACCCAAACGAACGAUCAACAACGUCACAUGCGAAAAGCUUUUCCACAAAAGCCAUCAUGGACUCAACAACAGCAGCAAACGGUUCUGCAAACGGUUCAAAAAUGGACGAGGAAUACAUAACCGUUGUUGAAGUCGACGAUCCCACAUCGUCCACCAAAGACACAAACCAUUUGAAGAAACUAGUCAAACGCCAGAGCUCUGUGGCUGAAGACUCCUCAUUCAUCACUGUGCUGACCAUCAACGAGCAGCAGCAGCUGCUGCAGCAGCAACAAGAACAAUUAGAAAAGGAUCAACAGGAGCAACUCGAAGCGGACGAACCAGAGCAUGUUACAGUCUAUCGCCUGCCUGGUGAGCGUUUGGGCUUCGGCUUGCGUUUCCAGGGCGGCACUCGCAACACAGAGCUGGUGCAAAAGCUGUACAUACAAUCCUGCGCCACAGACAGUCCUGCCUCCAAGGUGGCCACCAGUUGGGGUCAUCUGCGCGAAGGCGACGAGAUCCUCAGCAUCGAUGAGCGACAAGUCUCGCAAAUGACACGCAUUGAAUGCGUUCGCUGUCUCAAGGAUAAUGUGGCCAUAAAAUUGAUUGUGCGCAACGGUCAUGGUCAGAAACCGCCCAGCGAGGAGGAGCAACAAAUGGAGGUCUGCAUCUCACUGAAUGCCCAACCUCCGCCACCGCCUCCAGUGCCACCGCGUAAGUUGGUGAAGCGACAGAACUCCAAGGAGGGUCCAGCCACAGUUCAAUUGGUCAUCGAGAAGCCAUUGACACCGCCACCCGAUGCGGAAUACUAUAUUAAUCUCUUUGCUGAAUCCCUCAAAGCGGGUUCCGAAUCGGAUGACACAGCGAGUACAAUUUCCACAGUCAUUGACAAGCUGUCGAUGGGCUCUAAUUACUCCUCGGACACGGAGUUGACCAACAGUCUCAAUGGUCAGGAGUUGGCGAAAUUGGUGCAACCUUUCACGCUACUCGAGCAGGAGUUUCAGCUGGAGCAGACAUUGGGUCAGCCUAAGCUAAUCAUACCGGGCAAUAACUACGAAAAUGUCGAGUUCAAGACUGAGAAAGUCAAUGUUUAUGAGAAUGUAGAGCUAAAGAGCAGUCCACUUGGCACGCCAACGCCUAAGCCCCGUGUGAUGCUAGCCACAGUGGAACCCAAGAAGCGUUCCAUCAUCCCCAUGCCAAGGAAGAUUGCCACGCCCAGCAAGCUGCCUAUUGAAGUGGCGCCUCCGCGAGUGCCCACGGAUGCAGAUAAAACGCCUACCAAUGAGACUCCGAAGCCAGGAUCACCCAAGACUCCGACAAACGAGACUAGGAACGAAUUCAGAGAGGUGAUGGAAUCAAAGGAGGUGAAAGCGGUCAAAGAAGUGAAGGAAGUUAAGGAAAUAAAGCAAUCAAAGGACUCAAGGGAGCUCAAAGAGGUUAAGGAAGUUCGCGAGUUCAGCACAAAGAUACCCAAAGCCAAGCUUAUAGUCAGUCCGGGCUUUUCACGCGCCAAAACCGAAGGCGAGAUCAAGCUGCAUCUUCAGCCACUUAAGCAACAGUCACCGCAGCUCAAGUCUCGCAUUCCCAUUGUGAGCACGCCGCCGGCUCAAAAGUCACCGCCAGCGAUGGUCAAGUCAAUGAUAGUCGCUUCAUCGCCCCCUCCAACCGGCUCCAACAUUCCUCGCCUGCUGCAAAAGCAAAAGUCUGAAACGGAUCUGAAAUUGGGUCUCUAUCGCAGCAAGUCCAAGGAGCCUAGUCCCAGUCCUGGACAGCUGCGUGCUCCGCUGCAGCGCGCCAACUCCGCUGAGGCUCCAGUCCGCACUUCCGAUCGCACCUUCAUCCCGGUGCUGCUUAAUGGCAACUCGAGAAGCACCUCGAAUUCCACCGAGUCGCUCAGCUCGAUUUGCAGCAAUGGCAGUACAGGACGUUCACCCAAAGGACCCAAGCCUAAGCCACCGGAGCGAGUUCAAUCGCUGCAAAAGACUCAGAUACCCAAGCUGCAAACGUUGCCCACAACACCGCCACAACAGCAGCCCAAGCUGAGCAUGCAGACUUUUAAGCAAAUCACGCCUCCAGCUACGCCCAAGACUACACCUGUGAACACGCCAUCGCCGACCAGCAAUCGAGAAAUUCGCUUCAAGAUUCAGACGUAUGAGAGUAAGACGCAGGAUGAGGAUAAGCUGCCGAGUCUGUUUGAUCUGGUGCACAAACAGGACACUACAGAUAAGCCGGAGGCUUCACCCAAAGCUCAAAGGGAUGUUCAUGCUUUGCUGGCUGCUGUUGCAGCUGAGGCCGUGGAUCUCUCUAGGGAAUCUCCGCCACCUUUGGUGGUGGGCAAGUGCAUGAAGAUUGCCGAUGAUAAUGAGAAUACUACCUGCUACUCCAGCUCGAGCAGCGAUGAGGAUGAUGGCGAUCAGGAUGAUGUCGAUGAUGGCACGGAGCGUGAAUAUAUUUGUGAAGAUGGCGAGAAACUGGGUCCACCGGAAUUGAUUAAUGGUCCUGGUCCCUCGGAGGCGUACUUCAAUAUGUAUUGGCAUUCGAAUAUGCUGCCAACCAUUGGCGAAGUCGAAGAGGAAUUCUCUUCACUGGAACCGCAAUCUUUGACCAAUGGUCCGCCUGGUGCGAUAGUGGAGGAGUUGAAGAAGUUGCCGCAAUACGUGCAACCGUCGUCAAAGGUGCCACAGUCGAGCACAGUUAAAAUGGAAGUGAACACAGAUACACUCGCGGCUCAAUUGAAGUGCGACAACGAUAGCGAUAAGAUUGUUGUCCAUGACGCAGCUGACCAAACAGCUGACCAGAUUGUUGAGAAAAGCACCAGCAGCAGCACAACGAAUCACAGCGAGACGAGCACGCAGGAAGAGACCAGAGACGAGAGCAGCCAAAGCUCAACGAAAACACAACGUACGAUUACAACCAAGGUGAUUACCACCAAAACAAGCAGCAGCAGCAGCACUUUAAGCAGCAGCAGCUCCUCUUCGAUCUUCAAGAGUCCCACAUCGGAUAUUGCCUUCAAGCUGCAACCCUACGAUGAACGCGAGGAUCACGAGGAGCACCAAUCGACACCCAUUACAACCACAACCAUCCAUGAGGAACGUCGUGUGGUUAGUGAGCAGCAAGUGUUGAGUGAGCGACGCACCAAGGAUGCUUUAACAGGAGAGGAGCAGCUGCUGACCAGCGCCGAAUCGAAAUCGAGCAGUGCACGCUUCAAGAAGAUCAGCAGCAACGACAAUCUGCUCGACCUUGCGGAUGUCGAGCAGCUGCAGCCGUUGACUGCCACCGUCUCGGCGGAGACGCGUCUCACGGAGCGUUUGGAUAAUCCACAGGAUAAACAGAGUAUUGAACAGGGUAUUUUGACCUUAUCCGAAUGUGGCAAACAGCUGCAGCUGUCCGAGAAUGGCGGCAUUACCUACACCGAGGUCGAGGAGACCGAACAGCAAACCUAUUUGGAGGGCCAACAGACUUUGAAUGACGAACCCGUCGAUGUCAAUGCUUUGCCCACACUGGAGCGUGAGCUCAGCGAAACGAUGAUAGUCAGCAAGGAUGGCGAGAAGCAGGUGACAAAGCGACUGGAACAGAGCAAAGAUACGACCGGCAAGAAGGGCGCCAAGCUGCUGAAGAAGACCGAUGAGGAACGGCGCCUGGAGCAGGAGGCACAAAAGCUAAUCGAGAGCUAUCAGAAGGUCAAGAAGGAAGCUGAAAAGCUCUACAAACUGGAGCUGGCUGAUGAUGAGCAAGGCUUUGAUCUGAGUGCCUUUGAGCAGGUGGAGAAUCAUGCCGAGCAAACUCCUGCUCCGGUUGAAGUGGAGCAAACAGUUGAGAAAACGACUGUUGAGCAAGUGAUUGAAUUGCCCGCUGAGGAGCCAGUGAUUAAACUUCCCACAGUGGAGGCAACAAUUGCACUGCCCAUUGUCGAAGACGACUUGGGCUAUGUGCUGCACAAGAACAUCAUAGACACACCCAAAGCGGAGGCAGCGCCCAAAUCAAAGCCUCCUGUGCCCAGCAACAAGCCCAAAGUGUCGUCGGCUGUCAUCAAGCCCAAAACAGCUCCUCCACCAGUGCCGAGCAAGCGCAGCGAGCUGAGCCUGAAUGUCAAGCCGACGCCAACCCAACGUCGCAGCAGCCUCGAGUUGACGCCACCACCGAAGCCACUGGAGCGCAUUAUUGUGGGCGUCGAGCAAAACGAACCGAACGAAGAACCAAGUGCAAUUAUUACCUUGGCCAGCGUGGAUUUGCCCAAUGUCAACAACAAAUCUAAUGACAAUCUUGUCGCCCAGGCCGUCGAUUUGCUGCAGGAUGAGCUGCACUUUGAGAGCCAUCAGUUGCCGAAUGCCGCAGCAACAACGAAGCAACAACAACGUCAGAUUGAGGGCGAAGUUGAAGAGGAGGUGGAAAGUGCAAAGGGGCAAGUGAAUGGCGGUGUAUUGAGCGCCAGCUCAUCGAUGAUAUCAACAGCUUCGUCAUCGUCGUCGCUGGCAACGACGCCCAUAACAACGCCAAUUUUGGUAUCAGCAACGUCAUCACUAGAUUCGGUCAAAAGUGUCAUCGAGGUCAUCAAUGGCAAUGCCACUGACAGCGUCGAAAAUCACAGCACCAAUAACAGCAACAGCAACAACAACAACGACAGCUGCCUCAAUGAAGGCGUCACAGCUGUUGAGCCACCUAACGAGGAGGCGGACGAUGUGCAGGAUGUGUCAACAUUGGCGUUUGAUAGAGAACACGAAACAGAUCUUGGUACCCUAAACAACCACAGCAACAACAACAGCAGCAACAAUCACAGCACAAUCAUCACAGCAACAGCCACAGCAACUGGAGUCAAUAGCAAGAAGAGCUUUUUGGCCAGCACAACGAGCACAGCGACAGCAACAACGACAACAACGACGACAAAAACUUUGAAUCCGAGCACAAAUCCAACUUUAAAUUUGCAGCAGAAGCACAACAACAAAAUGGAGCUGCUGAGCAGCCCAGCAACAGCAAUAGCAACAACAGCCACAGCAGCAGUGACAACAACAACCACAACGAAACAAUUGCUGGUGCAGGAUUAUUUGAAUUACGCCUCCCCGCCAACAUAUUCACGUUUGCCGCCCGAUGGCCAUGAGUUUCCGCCCAAUUUCAGUGAGCCGCUGAUCAUGCAUCCCACACAGACGCAACACACGCUGCUGCUCAGGACUGGAGCGAAAACAGAGCUUAGCUUCGAGCACAACAACAACACGAGUAAUAAUAACAACAACAACAACAAAUUGGAGGCAGCUCCACCGCUGCCCAAGACGGGACCGCCGCCAACUGUGCCGCGUAAAUUGUAUCGCCAGGAUUUGGUGAUCAAUGUGGAGGAUGCGCGUCCAGCAGCAACCACACCAUCCACAGCAGCAGUAACAGCCACAGCAGCGCCAUCUAGCGCUCGUGAUUAUCAACGUUCCUCGAGCACGAAUGCGCCACGCAAACCGAGCGAUUGGCGCAAGGAUGAAAAGUCCGAGAAAUCGGUGCGUGACAAAAUUGCCAUGUUCUCGUCCAGCAACGAGCUGGACACGAUUGUGCCCACACCCACACUUAGCUCCGCCAGCUCUAGCUCCAGCUUUGCACGCAAGCCGCUCAACAUGAGCAGCGAGAAUCUGCUGGAGGCGACACAAUCAACGCCAGCGCUUAAGACGCGCGCGAUGAGCGUGGAGAAUCUGAAUGAUGCACAGCGUCAGUAUCAGUUGGCCAAGCAGUUGCCACAGCUGCAUGUGGCCGACUCCAUGUACUCGCUGCACACGCUGUCCGCCACGCCCACAACGACACACAGCAACAACUACAGCUACGCCUCGCUGCCGCGUCGCAGUCACGGACUUGGCUCGAACUCGGCCUUGGCUGUGGAGCGUCGCAUUAGCUUCUCGGGCGAGGGCGAUGCGGCCAAUCGCAAGGCAGCGAUUACGAACAUCUUGGAGCAACGGCGUCGCAGUCUGUCCAAGCUGCGUGGCCUAGUCAUCCCGGAGCGUCCCCAGCUGCUGGAGCCGAUCUUAGACUUGCCGGAGAUCAAGAGCCAGGUGAAGGCGGCCAGCGGCGAAGACUCCACAGACAGCGGACUGGGCGAGACGCGUCCACUGCGACACACAAGCAACAACCUGAGCUCCCAACCCAACUCCCACAACUCGACUGUAAGCAGCAACAACAACAUUGGCAGCUAUCGCAGCAUCUUCUCCAGCUCGCAACGUCGUCCGCUUGAGUCGCAGCUGUCACAGCCACCCGCAAAGCCGCCACGCACCUCGCUGGCCACGCCCACACGCCCUAAUCUAUCCACACAAUUCCUGGGCGAUCAGGAGAGCGACACGGAUUCGGUGUUCUCGACCACAGCACGCGUGCCAACGCCGCCCGAGAAGUUCGCAUUGACGCGCACGCUCAGUUCGGAGACAAACACCUCGAUAGCCAGCUCCAACACCUCAACCCUGACGUCGGGCAGCUCAGCUGGUUCCCAGGCUAGCUGCAGUUCGUUGGGCAGCACUCCCACAGUCGACUUGACACGUCGUGUGCUUAAGUUGAAUAGCAGCGCCAACAGCUCGGAGUUGUCGCUGGGCAAUCGCAAGAGCAUUUUGGCCUCGGCCAAGUGUCGCAGCGCCAAGAGUCGUGGUCAGGACAACAGUCAGGACAAUGACAACGACAGCACCGAUGGUGAGGCUUGUGUGCUCAACGGGCGUCGCGUCAAGUCGAGCUACAAGCAACAACAGCAGCAGCAACAGUUGCAGCAACUGCAGCAACAUCAGCUGCUGGGGAAACAACUUGUGGUGGACAAGCUCAUCAAUGUGGCUGCCUAUGUGGAGCUCACAUCCGACACAGACGACAGCAGUCGUCGCUCCGAUACGCCGGCCAAGAUCAGUGCCAUGUUCAUUGAUGAGGAGCGCAAAGCCAGCUUCAAGGCGGAUCCCACGCAACGUGCCAAAAUGCAACAGCGUGUCCAGGCCAAGCCGGUCAUCAGUCCGCUGGCCCAGCGUACUCAAACCCCUAAGCUGAGCAGUGUUGGUCUCGGUGCUGCAGCCAACAAGUCGCAGACAACCGCCGAGCUGCGGGAGAAAUUCGAACGCAGUGCUGCCGCUGUGGCAGCUGCAGCUGCUGCCGCACAAACGCCGCCGGUGCACAAGGCAAUUGCCACCGUGGUGGUGGCCACAAAGCCGCAUCACGAACGCUUCAGUUCGCUGGAUUCGCUGGCUUCCAGUUCGUCGGGUGUUAGCUCAACCACACAGAAUGUGAGCACCACCCAGGAGACGGCCACGGAAUUCGGCAGCUUCUCGUCGCUGGGCAGCAAUCAGAGCUUGAUCACCGCUCAGGAUGUGCAGCAGAUUGUCGAGGAGGCCGAUCCCCCAUUGAAGACCCCGGAGGCGUUCAUCAUUGUCCUGCAGCGGGAUACGCCCGAGAGCAGCAUUGGCAUCACGCUCGCCGGUGGCUCCGACUACGAGGCUAAAGAGAUUACCAUCCACAAGAUACUGAGCAACACGCCGGCUGCCAAGGAUGGUCGCCUGAAGAAGGGCGAUCGCAUCUUGGCCGUCAACGGCAUGAGCAUGCGGGGCUUGACCCAUCGCGAGUCCAUCAGCGUGCUCAAGACACCACGUCCUGAGGUCGUUGUGGUCGUGACACGCUCCGAAUCACUGAUCAUCAAACCAUUGAACAAGAAACGCUCCUCGCUCGGCUCACUCAGCUCGCUGAAUGAGAAGCCCACGGAAUUGGAUUACGAACGCAAGCGCAACUAUCACAAGGCAUCGCGCUCCCUCGAUCUGGACUUGGAUAUUGUGUCCAACGAAGGCGGCGCUGCCACGCCCAGCACCCCAAGCACAGGCACCAGCAGUCCACAGCAGCCAGCCAGUCUGCUAGACGAAGCGAACAGCAAUGAUGCGGAAGCCACCAUUGCCACCAUUCGGGCCAGACGUCAACUCUCCCGUGGCGAUGCCGCCAAGCUGAGCACCAGCGAACUUCUGGAGCGAGCUGCCGAGGCACGUCAUGCCAUUGCCGCCGAGAUUCGUGCUCAGGCUGAGGAUGCUGCGUCUGGCGGCGGUGCGAGGUGUGUGGAAAUCGUCAAGGACAGCUGUGGACUGGGCUUCUCCAUCGAGGGAGGCUUCGACUCGCCAUUGGGCAAUCGCCCGCUGAUUGUCAAGAAGGUUUUCAUGGGCGGCGCUGCCCAGAAGACCAAUCAGGUGCGAAAUGGCGAUGAGAUCCUUAGCAUUAAUGGUGCAUCCACGGCGCGCAUGACACGCGUCGAUGCCUGGAACUACAUGAAGCAAUUGCCGCUGGGUCCGGUCAAGAUUUCAUUUGCCUGAAGAAACGCCUGAAGAAAUCACAGAUCACGGAUCGAAGCUGAUAUAUAGUGAAAAUGCGCCACAAUUUGUUAGUUUUUAAGCAAAGUGUUUUGUUUCUGCAUUUAGAAAACGAUCUAUACACAAUGUUUAUCGUAAUCGUAUAACGUAAUCGUAAUCGUAAUCAUUAUAUACUAUUUAAAAAAUAAUUUAAAGUGCAAUUUGCUUAAACUUUGAUCAUUUGAUUGCGGUCGCAUUUAACCACCGCCCUAUACAUAUACUAUAUACUAUAUACCAUAACAUGCAUACACAUGAUGAUUGUACAUAAAUAUUCUUAUCUUAAUUUACAUUAUUUAACGCGCAUAAAGCCGCGAUGCGAUGAAAUUCAGUUUUCCUUAUACAUAAUAUUGGUAUACCAUUUUCACAUACUUAAAUAUACAUAUAUCCAAAAGAUUAAAUGGGACAUAAAUAAUAAUAACAACAACAAAAACAAAAA